AUGAAAAAUAUAUUAGUUGCAGAGAUAUUCAUUUCUAAUUUAGAGAAUAAACAUUUUGUUAAUCAUAUUAAUAGUAUUAAGACUAAUAAUCAAGCAGAUAAUUUGGAAUGGGUCACUUCUAAAGAAAAUAAUAAUCGUAAAAUAUUUCCAAAUUCUGGGUGUAGCAGAUCUCGAAAAGUUAUACAAGUUGGAUUAGAUGGUAAUGUUAUUCAGAUUUGGAAUUUGCUUUCUCUUGUACAAGAUACACUUAAUAUUCAUAAAAGUGCCAUUUCAAUGUAUUAUAACAAAAAACGAAAUUCUGCUGGAGGAUGGUAUUGGAUGUAUUAUGAAAAAUAUACAAAACCUGAUUCUAAUGAAGAAUGGAAGGAGAUAGAGUUUGAUUCAGAAAAAUUUAAGGUAUCAUCUUUAGGUAGAGUUCAGACAGUAAAUGGUAUGAUUAUACAAGGAUCAUUGCUAAUGGGAUAUCUUAAAGUUGGUAGAGGAUUACAAAGUUAUAUGAUACAGCAUUUAGUAGCAUUAGCUUUUUCCUCAAAAGAACAAGGUAAAGAUUAUGUGAACCAUAUCGAUGGGAAUCCAACUAAUAAUAAAGCUUUGAAUCUUGAAUGGUGCACACAAAAAGAAAAUAUACAACAUGCUGUUCGUCUUGAACUUUGCAAUAAUGACUCUAAUAAACAUGCUAUUAAACAGAUUUUUGCUGAUGGAUCUUUUCAAGAAUUUUCAUCUUUAACUGAAGCAUAUCACGCAACUGGAAUUAAUCAUAACAGAAUUAGUCUAGUAUAUUGUGGAAUUCAAACUUAUGCUGGAGGGUAUCAUUGGGAAUUUGUAGAAACCAACAAUACAUAA